CUAAUAUUUACAUUUCUUCGUUUGUACACAGAUAAAUUCAAAUUCAGCAAUCAAAUUAAUUUGAUUCGUUUCGUUACCGAGGUGAGAAUUUAAGUAGUUCUAGAAAAGAAUCAGAAUCAGGAACCAGAGACAGUGACUCAUCAUGGAUGCGCACUCCAUGCACCGCUUCUACAAUAAUACAUCCUCGUACACCCACGGUGACUCUCAGCCAGCGGUGGGUAAGCGGGAUAUAUACAACCGGAUCCAGCAGCUUAACUUUAGGGAUUGCCAAGCAAAUAUCAACAGAGUGGAUGUCCAGGCCACGCCGGGCGACGGUGUGGUGUUGCAAGUAAGCGGAGAGCUCUCCAACGAUGGUCAACCCAUGAGACGGUUUUUUCAGACGUUCGUCCUUGCCGCCCAGUCGUCUAAGAAAUACUAUGUACAAAACGAUAUUUGUUCUUACCAAGAUCUAGGCCUCGCGGAGGAGCAGGAUCAGAGUAAAGAGUCUCUUAAGAAGCCAGAGAUCCAUAUGGUGAAUCAAUCAGUUCAAGUAGGAGGCAAUAUAGUCUCUUUAAUACCGGAUCUAAUCAUAGAAAACGAGCAGGAUCGGAAUAAGAAGCAGGUCGAAAAGCCUGUGGCACAGAUGGUAGAUCAAGCAGUUCAAUUAGAAGGCUUUCUGGUAUCUUAUAACCAGGAUCUAGGCAGGGAGGAAAAGGAAGAUCAAAUUGAGGAGCACGUUGAGAAAUCAGAACAAAUCCAGAUGGUGGAUCAAGCUGUUCAAAUAGUAUGCGAAAUGCUCUCAAAGUAUUCACAGCCAGAGCAAAUUGAUGCUGUAACAACUUGUAGUGCAGCGACACAGACUGUGGAAGCUUUCUUGGAGCGGCAGGUUAAUCUUUCGCCUCCUCAGCUAAUCCUAAAAUCCCCGCUCAGAACUUCUCCUAUAGUGCCGCAGACGCCAAGAAAAACUCCAGGGGGCUUGAAGAAGUCAGUCCAACUCAUCGAACAACGAAGACAAGAGCAGUCACCACUCACUUGUAUACUGGAAAAAGAAAUAGAGUGCCGUAAGUCCAACCGGAAAUUCAAACCAAAUUCCACUUCCUCCUCAUCCAGAGCAGUCCCUGAUAAGGUCCUGCCCCAGCAACAGCUCUUGUUUUCAGAGACCAUAGGUGGGCAGGUAGGUGAAGCCCAGACUAUUACAAAUGGCAACAAAAGGUACGGCAAGCAUUGGAUCCGUCUAGAAUUUGAAAUUUCAAUUUAUUUAGUAGAUAGGCCUUGAAAUUGUCAUAAUAAAAUAUG